AUGAAUACAGAUGGAACGACGUCUUGGAACAUCAGUACAACACUUGCCCCGACAACUUACGGAAAUGACAGCAGCGCGUUUACCACCGCCGUGGCAGGAAUGCCUCCCAGUCGCUACUCGACUCCAUCAACAAUAACAAUUGUUAUUUUGGCAUUGACCGCAAGUCUGAUAACUUCUUGCGGAAAUGUCUUAGUAAUUUCUUCGUUUUGCUUCUACCGCAGUCUGCGCACAAUCAACAACUACCUCAUCCUCAACUUAGCCAUCGCCGAUUUGUCUCGGAUUAUCGGAAUGUAUUCUAUGAAUGUUUAUACUGUUUACCUUGUACAGGGCGGCUGGUACAUGGGUAACUUCGCCUGCAAUGUCUGGCUGGGAGUGGACUACGUCGCCUCAAAUGCAUCCGUUCUCAAUCUGCUCAUUAUUUGUAUAGAUAGAUAUUUGUCGGUAAAUUUCCCGGUGAAGUACCGCAACCAUCGAAAACUGGUGCAUGUCAAAAUCGCCAUGGCCUUGACCUGGAUCAUUUCUGCCAUUCUUUGGGGUCCAUGGGUCCUGUGGCAAAUGGUCGAUCCAAAGCAGCAGCCAGCUGCUAAUAAAUGCUACGUGAAGGCCAUUUUUGAGUCUGCUGCCAUCGGUCUAGCGACUUCGGCAGGGGCUUUUUAUGUGCCUGCGAUUGCGAUGAUGUUUCUUUACGCAAAGGUGUACAUGACGAUCGCGGCGAGAAAAAACAAUCUGCAAAACGCCGUAAUCAGCAGCACAGUAAAUAAGCUGGCCAAAGACGCAACAAGCCCGGUAAAGACUUCAAGCAUCAAAAUAUCCGAUGAGCAGGACUCAAAGGGAACGAUGGAUCUGUCAGACGAGCCGAGCCAAAUUUCGAACGUCGACGACAGCGGCGAAAAAGAGGAAAAGGAGAAAAAGUCGUUCUGGUCGCGCCUCGCCAGCAAAAAAGAUGCCUCGUCAACAGCGGCGACUCCGCAACCUCAAAAACCGCAGUAUGGACGACAACUGAAAAGUUUGAAGAAAGAGUCAAGAGCAACAAGGCUUUUAGCUGCCAUUAUUUUCGUCUUUAUAAGCCUUUGGGCGCCUUAUAAUAUCCUUGUAGUUUACGCCUCGCUUCAAAUGCAAGUUCCAGAGAUAGCUUGGGAGCUCUCCUACUGGCUAUGCUAUCUCAACAGGACUCGUACUCUCAACCCAGUGUGCUACGCCGCGUGCAAUCCAGCCUUUCGAUCUGCCUUCAUAGCCAUUCUGACGUGUUCAAAACGAGUAGCAAAAUAA